GAGUUUGUUGUAGAUCUGCUCGCCGAUCAGGUAGAUGUCGAUGAUGGGACUCCGAGGCCAAAAUCGAGAAGGGCAUGGCUGGGCUAAUUGCUGAACCUAGGAUGCUUCCUCCACUCGUCUCUCCUCUUGCAGAACUCUCCGAGAUUUCCAAAAUCGAUGAGCAGAGCAGCGAAGGAUAAAUAAUUUUCCAGAAAAACCGUCCCAUUUCAAUCAAGUUGCUGGUGGGGAAUUGAUGGAGAAGUAAAGCUGGGUGUUUGUUUGGGUAUUGUGAGGAUAACGGUGUUCUUAUUCGACCACAGAAAAUAACGAAGUUCAAGAGAGGAAGACAAUGGGAAUCUGGGAACAAAUCGAGCUUUCCGAGAGCUACCUUGUUUGCUCCAUGUUUGAGGAGGCAGCAUCGUUAGCUUCCUCUAUUUUGAAGCGUCUUUGUUGUGAUAAUAAAGGCACCGAAGAAGAAGUAGUGCAAGACGAAAUUGAAUUAUACGACAUGUUAGAGUCAACUGGGAUGGUGCUUGUUCAGUCUCUCAAGGAACUUGGAAGGACAUCAGAAAUUCUCAAUGAGCUCAAGAAAUUGGUUUCAUCUGUUGCAACUAUUCCUCCCCAAGUUCUUCUUAUUGGGUCAUGUUUUCAGAUAUCAGAAGGUUCAUCAAAUGGUGUUCAAGAAGUUCUUGAAGAAUUCCUUAACAAGUGGAGCUUGGUGGAUGAAAGAAACUAUGUUCUUGUUGGUGCAGUUGGGAAUGUAGAUUAUGUGGAAGGAUGUGAUGGUCGUUUUGUUUUGGAAGUUGAUAAGUAUCUGGAAGUUGUUGAGGUCUAUGUUAUGAGGCUUCUUGUGACUACCCUGAAUAAGAUGGACCUCGCAAUCUCCUGGAUUGAGAAAGCUGAAUUACCAGAGGACAGACGACAGGAUAUCUUGAGAAGAUUACACUCCCUGCAUUCUAUUAAAUCCUCCAACUUGUCAAAGGGAUCAUCCUCACCUUUGCUGGCUGAUAAUCCUGAAGCUCAUUCUUCUAACUUGAAACCGCUAAAUGCCUUUGACGAAUCUCCAAAAGUAUUGAAAGACAAUAGCUCUAUAAAUGGGGAAAACAUUGGAAAACAAGCAGUUAUAAAACUGUCUAAACGAAUGGAACCAUGUAUCUGGUGGUUCCGUACAAUCACAUUCAAGUUCGGCAAUGCUCGGGUGGUCAUAUCAAACGGGAAGAUUUUGCUUGGCUGCUUGACCUUGCUGGUAUAUUAUAUUUUGCGAAGGAAAAAAACUAGUUUAAAGAGAUUUAUCCAAAGACAAGCUUUGUCCAUGAAGAAUGGCGUGGUAGACCUAUGGCAGCUUGCAUUUUCAUACCAAGUGAACCCUUUAGCUGCUGUUCAACCGCCCCCUUCUGCAACGCGUGCAGGGCAGCGAUGAUUUUUUUUUUCUUUUUUUCUUUUUUUUUUUUUCGGUUGGUUGAAGAUGAAGUUUUGUAGUCGAUGCAUUGGUUGAAGCCCCCUUGUACAAGGAUUUGUUUGUAUUGGUUUGCAAAGUUAUAGAAAAAAUAUUGAAUAAGAAAUAUAAAAAUAGUGUUUAUGAUUCAA